CUGCACAAUCCACACUCUUCGCUGAAACAGCCAUGAUAUCAACACCUUUACGACCAGCAUUUAGAGCUCGUGUUUCUUGUUUCCAUUGCCGCGACAGUAAGCGACGCUGUGACAAGUCAUUGCCUACCUGCCAGCUCUGUCGUCGUAAGGAAGUAGAAUGCCGGUAUCCCCAGCGCCGCGGCCAAAAGGCUGCUUCGCCGAUUGAUAAUACACCGAGCCUCGAAGACGCGGUGAUAAGAAGUAAUUCUGAAACCACAUAUCAUGGCGCAAUCCAGUCAGAAAGGGUGAAAGAUCUGGUCAGCGCCAGAGCCAUUCGCUUUCUGGCUCCGGACCUCUUUCGCGAUCUCCAUCUUCAGCUUCCGCCGAUGGAAUGGUACAUGUCAGCAGAGAUUGAGGCCCAAUUGGGAGGCCGGCAACGUAUGCAGGAGACGACAAAGGCGUUCCUCCAACUGACCAAGUCAUGGAUGCCUAUAGUCAAUGGGAAGCGUCACCUAGCCACCGUGUUAAAUCCGCUGGUUCCACUCCGCCGUCCUGCAGCCCUCUUAGCACUAUGCAUGAAGCUGUGCUGCCUGCGUGUCGACCAAGUUGACGAGAAGAGUGUACUGUAUGACCUUACGAAAAGGUUCUAUGCAGAGGUUGAGAGCCAAGAGGAUUCCUGCAUCCAAGUCAUGCAGUCGGCCGUCUUCAUUGCUGUGUUUGAGAUGGGCGAUGCUAUUUUCCCAGCUGCAUACCUCACUGUCGGGGCUUUAGCGAGGUAUGGUAUGGCGAUGGGGAUGGAUAAGAUCAACCAGACUGCGCUGGGUAAGGAUUGUGCAGCAACCGUAGGUGCCUCUUGGGCGGAUAUUGAGGAGAUGAGGAGGGUUUGGUGGGGGGCCUUGAUCCUUGACCGCUUACUUAACGUGUCUCAACCUUCUCGUGGCUUGAGCACCGCUGAUCCCUCAUUCGAGGACUUUCUCCCUGUUGACGAUGAGUUAUUUUACAAUCAAUCAUCAUCUCCCGAACAUGCCACUCGCAUAUCUGAGGGUUUCACCUUCAAGAUGGGAUCCUUCGCAAGGCUAUGCCAAGCCAUGCACCUCAUUAGCAAAUCCCUCUCAUUCUGUCGCAUUGCCUCUAACAGCAGCGACCAAGUUCCACAAGAUAGUUCGCUUGAGGAAGUGGGACAGCUCUGCCGUACUCUUGAGUCCCUAGUGCGCGUCAACGAACUCGAAGCAACAAGCCGCCGAUUGGCGUUUUGUAGUCAAAGCUGUGUAUCAUAUAUUGGGAUUCUGCUACUGCAGCAGCACUAUUGGCAACAACCUGGCCACGAGUCCGAUCAACACUCGACACGCAAUAUUUUCCCAGAAACAAUUUUUGCACUCGAAACUUUAGUUCGUAUCCCGGCGACCCUGCGUGAAGGCGGUUACGAGCUGUCGCAGUAUCUUGAAGACGGACGAUGUUCUCUCUUUCUGGUCGAACUAGUCUACCAAGGCAUGCUAGUCCUUUUGCGAAUGGUUCAAGUCUGGCUGGCUGAGGACGUGCAGAGCAAGAAGGAAUCAUUGGCCUGGCUUCUCUCGCACAUGGGUAAGCGGUGGCCACUCGUCGGUAAGAUCAUGUCCAGAUACUUUAAUCUUUCCUAAUUUCGCCACAGCUGUGUAUAGGCGUAUCUUGGAGGCUAGGGAAAGUAUGCUGGCUGUUGAAGAUGCUUUGACAUAGGAUAGAUAACUAUACAAAUAACUACUACAGACGUAAAAUAAUAUCUGUCAUCACGUAUGCUAUGA